UUGUCCUUGAAAACCGAUCCCAAAGAAAGUGACAUUGGAUUCAUGGAGUCACUUGAAACUACUGCAGGGGUGAAAAGCUCCACAGAGAGCCAGGACAGAAAUGUUGCACAGAAAAAAUGCACAUCAGAAUCUGCACAGACUAGGAGGAGUCUAUCUGUUGAAUUGGAGGGCAAGGGAUGGCACCCACAACUGCAAGAGGGACAGGGCAGAGACACAUGUGGUUUCAAAGAAAUGUCUGACUCAGGGAAAUCACUGCAAUUAGAAGAUCCACACCCCCAAACUCAGUCCACAAGCCAUCCAGACUAUGAGGUGUCAUCAUAUCCACUACAGUCCCCAGUUAGCUGUGGACCUGCAUCUCACAGGAAGUCCCCCACUUCACCUGAAGCCCAACAACAGUGUUCUCAUUCAGGGAUGGAUCAGCUGUCAGAUACUGUGUGUAAGGUGGAACAGAAACCACAAAAGCCUGGGAAGUAUGUUUGUGAUUACUGUGGAAGGGCAUGUGCCAAACCCAGCGUGCUUAAGAAACAUAUUCGCUCACACACCGGUGAACGGCCCUAUCCAUGUGUCCCCUGCGGAUUCUCCUUCAAAACCAAGAGUAAUUUAUACAAACACAGAAAGUCCCACGCUCACUCCGUCAAAGCUGGAACAGUGCCAUUCUCAGAACUUGGUUCUUACAAUGCCAAUACGGACCAGGGGUCUUUUGAAGGAGAAGGAGAGUUAUUCUCUGAUGCUGAGCAAAGCACGGACACGGACGAGGACACUCUUAACGACCCGCUGCUGCUGUUGGACUCUCCACUGGAGGGAUCAGAUAACACUGCUGUAAAAGUACUAAAUCUCAUUGCUCAGAAAAAGGGAGCCACGUCGAUGUCAGCUCAGGAUGGUUCAUCCCAGCCCCAAGAAAUCAAUGCACCUCUUGCCGCUGCCGAGGCAAGCCGUGCAAUUCAAUCUUGCACGAUCAAACAGAGGCUUGCACUUCGGCUGUCUGAAAAAAGAAGCAGUGACUCUGACCACAAUCUGUCCCUUCCAAGUCAGUCUAGCAAGGGCAGCACGGACUCCGGCUACUUCUCGCGUUCCGAGAGCACCGAGCAUCAAACCGGUCCUCCAAACACGAACGCAAAGUCCUAUCAGGAAAUUAUGUUUGGGAAGUGUUACAGGCCAAGUCCUAAACAGGCAACAGCUUUCGUGGCCUGCAGCACAGACUCAAGUGAAUAUACUGGGAAACGCUCGGAGAAAGGGGUUUCCCGCGUUUUCACCCAAGAAAAAGACACUGUUGAGUCAAUAAAAAUAAACACAAAGUCAUUCACGAGGGAAGAGCUGAAAGAACCACAGUUAGACAGUGGCUCUGAUGGGGGGCCUCUGAUGAGAAGCAACUCAAUGCCAACAUCUUCUGCAGUCUGUUUGACUAUGCCUCAAGCCCUAAGAGGCAGCCACUCUUUUGAUGAGAGACCAAGCACCGGGGGCAUUAGGAGACUCAGGCGGCAAGCUGCUUUCGAACUCUCCCCACAUGAUGGCCAUGUAGAUACAGACGGUCAUGGAAAGAUGAGCGAGAGUGGCAUUUCACCCUCAGGAUUGGAAAUGGAAAAUUACCCCUCUGCAGCGUCUAGUUUGAACCAUCAGAGACAUGCAAUGGAGCUGGCAACACGGAAACGUCGGAAAGAGAAGAGGGAGGAGGAGGAUUUGCUGGGUCAAUACGAGGUGCAUCAUGAACAGUGUGAAGAAAUGUUUGAUUCAAGCAAGGACUAUGAUUCAAAACAAGUCAGCCAAGGCGCAGUGGGCAUUAUGACAUUAGGAAAAGGACACUCUUUAAGUAUGCUAACACAGACAGACAAGUAUGACAUGGACAUAUCGUUGAGCCACGACGUUUCUGGUAGAAAAACCUUAGGGAAUGUAAUUUCAGUUAUCCAGCACACAAACUCGAUAAACAGGCCUCUCUCUGAACAGUAUCAUGGACAGAGACAGGACAGUGUUUCUUCAUUUCAAGCUAUGGAGGCAAGUGAAUCAUACGAAUUGGAAAGGAGCGAUAGUCAACUACGACAAUCCUUUCAAAUGGGCCCAAAACUUGUACGACAGCCCAACAUACAAGUCCCAGAAAUUCGGGUGACCGUUGAGCCCGACAGUCCAGAAAAAGCUCCAGAGGUGCAGGUGAAGGAGCCAGAGAAGCACGUAGAGGAGUUUCAGUGGCCCCAAAGGAGUGAAACUUUAGCACAAUUCCCCCCAGAAAAACUCCCUCCAAAGAAGAAAAGGCUACGCUUAGCUGAUAUCGAGCACUCCUCUGGUGAAUCUAGUUUUGAGUCUGCCUGUACCAGUCUCUCCCGCAGUCCAAGCCAAGACAGCAACUUAUCCUACAGCUCCACCUUCUCCUUUGACAGGGAGGAGAGCUUGAAGUCAGUCUCUCCUGCAAGGCAGGAUGAAUUUGGCAAACCACUAGAGCUGUUGGCUGUGCCAGGAAGUGGGCACUCCCUCUCUUUGCUCAACCAGCGUCAGCAGCAUGAAAUGAGACGCUCCUCCUCAGAGCAGGCGCCUUGUAACUUGCGCAAGGAGUUCCCAGAGGUACGCAGCAUAUCAUUUGACUAUGGCAGUCUUUCUCCAACAUCCAAAGUUAGACACGUGGACAUCAUUGCUGGGCACUCGGCUGUGAAGGAGAGAAGGAGGGGAAACUUGGUACGACAGGAAUCACUGAAUAUGGACACUGAGGUAACACAAGUCCCAUCACAAGUGUUCCCGCAGUAUCUCAGCAGCACCUCCCCUCCAUUCACAGCAGUUGCUGCUCUGCCGCAGACUUUGCCAAUAUUUUCCACCGGGAAUACAUUUCCCCAGCUGUCACAUCCAAGCCUUCUAGUUCCUGUAAGAAUCCAGACUCAUGUGCCAUCAUAUGGCAGCAUCACAUACACAUCAGUAUCACAGAUUUUUGACAAUCAAUAUGACAGUGUUAGCUCCACUAUGUCCACCCCUCAGAAUCAAACUUCACGUUUGUCUGGAAAUCUUGACUCUCAUAAUGUUUUAGCUUAUACCAGACCACCUUCAACGAACACCCUCAGUGUUGAAGCUCUUGAUUUGUCAUCAGCAAAGCUCAAGACAGGUAUCCCUCUUUCUUUGACCUCUCGAACUAUCUCAACCACUAAUGCAUCCAGUGGUGGUGCGAACAAACGGAUGCUAUCCCCUGCCAGCAGCCUGGACCUCUUCAUGGAGGUUAAGCAGCAAAAACGUGUGAAGGAGGAAAGAAUGUUUGGGCAAAUUGUGGAGGAGCUAAGUGCUGUAGAGUUGGGAAAAUGUAAUUUGAGUGAGGAGAAGGGGCACAGGUCAGAGAUGCAGGGUGCAUCAACACCUCAAGCCCAGGAUGACUCAUGUAGGAGUACAUUUAUCACACUUCAGCAAAAAGUGAUGGAGGCCACUGACCACAGCGUUGAGUCAGCCAUGGAAAGCAGCUCGCCACCAUAUUCCAUGAUAUCAGUUAGCGAACUGAAAGAAGUUGGCAUGGAGAAACGAGUGCAGAUGGAUAUGGUGGCACAGCUGGUUACCAGUCAAGAAAUCCUGACCUCAGACACCGAGCAUUCAAGACUGUUAUCUCAGUUUCCAAGUCUUCGCACGACGACAGGUGUGAGCUGGUGUUAUCUCAACUACACCAAGCCAAGCUGCUCCCAUGGCAACGCUCCUUUUUCCUCUGUGUAUGCCACCUGGUGUGUGAGUUCCCACAACCCGAACCCUCUUGAACUGAGCACCAGCGCUGCUCUAGCUCUCCUGCGGUCAAAACAGAGGGGAGAAAAGGUUAUUUACACUGUGGCUGCCAUGUGUCAGCCUGGCACAGGGAAACUGGUCUCAUCCCUCAUCCUGUGGAGGCAGACGAUUGAACAGCUGCAGAGGAAACCGGAGCCCAAAGAGGUGGACAUCACCUACGGGAAGAAGGUGAAAGACUUGAGCUGCAGAGUGAAAACUGCCAAGGAGGAGUGGAAAGAGAGGGAGGCUUCCACAACCCAAACAGUGCCAACACGCAUUAAGAUCUUUGAGGGAGGGUACAAGUCCAAUGAAGAUUAUGUGUAUGUCAGAGGUCGAGGCCGGGGAAAAUACAUUUGCGAGGAGUGUGGUAUCCGCUGUAAGAAGCCAAGCAUGCUGAAAAAACACAUCAGGACCCAUACAGAUGUGAGACCGUACAUCUGCAGGGUCUGCAACUUUGCCUUUAAAACUAAAGGAAACCUGACUAAACAUAUGAAGUCAAAGGCACACAUGAAGAAAUGUCUUGAAUUGGGAGUGUCAGUAACUAUGGAUGAUACAGAGAUACAGGAACAUGUAGAUGACAUCCAACAAGACUCCAAGACAGAGGUGACGGUCACAACCAAACACCAGUUCUCCGACGCAGAAGACUCAGACGGCAUGGACGAAGAAGUUGAUGAAAUUGACGAAGAUGAUGACGAGGACGAUGAGUAUGAGGGUGAUUCAACUCCGAAGCUUCGUUCAAGAAGUACGAGUCCUCAGCCGUGCGGAGUCACCUCUCUGUCAGUCACGGCCACCGCUGCCAUCCACGGCUGCUCCCUCACCUCUCUGCCUGGUGCUGACGCUCGCCAACAGGCCUCUGGCAGGCGGACGGGCUCAGACCAUCGACCCGUCCUCGACCAGAGAGAGAAGUCUAUGGAUGAAGACUCUUUGACUAUGCUGUCUCCAGAUCAGGCCAGCUUCCUCUUUGACCCUUACUCUUCUUGCCUGCUCUCUCCUGGCUGGGAGUCUCCCAUCAGGGAGCCCUCACCUUCACGUCUGCGUUAUCCAUCCCCGAGGCGAGAACUCUCCCCGCGAGGUCGCUCUACUCCCAGAUGGGAUACUUCCCCGCUUAGACCUGGCUCGCCCGGCUUCACACCCAUUCAGCACCUCUCCCCGGUCUCAAUUGAACGACCAAUGUCUCCUGGAAUCGAUCUGGCUGGAAAGCGAGAGUCCGCGGUCAGAGGCAGGCAGAGGAUUGUGCUGAGAGCUAUUUCACCACGCAGGGGCUCGCAUCAACACAAAGGCGCUGGUGAUAAAACCAGACACCAGACAAAGAUCGACAUGGCUCAACAACAAGGGGCCUUUGAAAUGGAACUGGAUCAAAGGAGUAGCUUGGCUGCUACUCUCCCCGGUGCUGCCAGUUCUCAUCACCAGAACAUCCUCAGCCACCUCCCUCUUCACUCCCAGCAGCAGACCCACAGUUUGCUCCCCGUCGUUCCUGUCGGAGGGCUCCAGAUGUUACACUCCCCGCCUUCCUCCAGCACUGAUGUCACCCCCUCCUCGGCGCCGAGCCCCCAGAGCAGCGAGGGCCAGCGUUGCAGCAGUAGGGAGGGAUCUGUCCACGGGCCCGAGACGGGAGAAGACGUCAGAAGUCAGUGCCAGCUGUCCUCCCAUCAGGCCGCUCAGGAGAAAUGCCUCGACUCCGGCGUCAGGGACAGCAGGCAGGAGGAAAACGUCCAGACCUGCUUGAAAGCCAUCGCCUCGCUGAAGAUAACCACAGAGGACCCUCAUUAG